CUGUGCGCACCUGGACACGCGCUCCGUCCGCUCCGGGUCCCUCCGACAACCGCUGCCUUGAUUGAGUCAUUUUUACCUACAUCAACACGAAAAUCAGUUUUAAGCGCAGGCUAAGUAGGAUACAUGUGCGCUAGACUUGGAUUUAAAACUUCCAGCAACAUUCCCGAAGUUGUUUUUUUUGACAUUUUGGGACGGUUUUUUUGCACAAUUUCACAAGUCUUACCGCGCGGAAUCGUUUUAAUUUCCGUUGAAUUCUGUUUAACUUGGAUUUUAAGACUUGCACAACAUUUUAAAGUGGAAUCUCGACCAUUUUUGGACAGUUUUGGAGCAGUUUUACUUCAAAUUCGGACUUGGCGAUGCGCGUUUUGGAUUUUUACGCACGGAAUGGAUUGUUUAAAUUGUUACGUUCUCAUUAGAUUUGCAGGAAAGUGAAACACCAAGGAGAUGCACACUCUUUCCACAAUGAUUGCCCGGGACGAGGUGAAUGAUUGACAGCCAGGAUUGUGGAUUUAACUCUGGUUUAAAUUUCAAACCGGGAUUUGUUGUAAUUCUGGCUGUGCUUCAUGAAGCAGAAACAGACGAGGCUGGACUGAACUGCGACAGGUCCUCUGUAAAAUAUCUCUGCAAAAAUGAGCUUCUCCAUGGCGUCCCUGUUGCUCCUCAUCUUCCUCCUCCUCUCUUCUCCCCUCUCCAACAUGGCCGCCUCCAAAGAUCUGGUCUGUGAACCCAUUACUGUGCCAAUGUGCCGUGGCAUCGGGUACAACCUCACCUACAUGCCCAACCAGUUCAACCAUGACACACAGGAGGAAGUCGGUUUGGAAGUCCACCAGUUCUGGCCCCUGGUUCGAAUCCGCUGCUCUCCAGAUCUCCUCUUCUUCCUGUGCAGCAUGUACACGCCCAUCUGUUUACCGGACUACCGCAAACCUCUGCCUCCGUGCCGAUCCGUGUGCGAACGCGCCAAACGAGGCUGCUCCCCUUUAAUGAGCCAGUACGGAUUCGAAUGGCCCGAAAGGAUGAGCUGUGAAAGAUUACCUAAACUCGGAGAUGAAACUCUGUGUAUGGACCAAAACAGCAGUGAUACGACUACAACCAUCACCCCUUAUUUUCCAAAACCAACCCAAAAAUCCCGACCGCGACCCGUAAAUUCAAACUCCCCGCUUGUUUGCGAUCGGGAAUGUCGCUGUCGAGAUCCUUUAGUUCCUAUAAAACGCGAUUACUUCUACAAUCGCAUCAAUACGGGACUGCUACCAAACUGCGCCCAACCUUGCCAGCAACCUUACUUCUCCGCGGAAGAGCAUGCCUUCACAGGAUUUUGGAUUGGAUUGUGGUCGAUUUUGUGCUUUUUGUCCACACUGACCACCGUAGCAACUUUCCUAAUUGACAUGGAACGUUUCAAAUAUCCGGAAAGGCCGAUAAUCUUCCUAGCUACAUGCUAUCUUUUUGUUUCAUUGGGCUAUAUUAUAAGAUUAGUAGCAGGACAUGAGCGUGUAGCAUGUAACAGCAAUAGCGAUCCCCCGCAUAUUUUGUAUGACACUACUGGCCCCGCGCUUUGCACUCUAGUUUUCCUGCUAAUCUACUUUUUCAGCAUGGCUAGCUCAAUUUGGUGGGUUGUGCUAUCUUUUACCUGGUUCCUAGCUGCCGGUUUAAAAUGGGGCAGUGAAGCUAUUGCUAGCUACUCUCAAUAUUUCCAUUUAGCAGCUUGGCUAAUCCCCAGCAUCAAAUCUAUUGUUGUUUUAGCGCUUAGCUCCGUUGACGGUGAUCCUGUUGCCGGCAUAUGCUAUGUUGGUAAUCAAAAUCUUGAAAAUUUACGUGGUUUUGUGCUAGCACCAUUGGUCGUCUACCUCUUUACUGGUUCGCUGUUUUUGCUAGCCGGAUUUGUAUCGCUAUUCCGUAUACGUAGCAUUAUAAAACAAGGAGGGACCAAAACAGACAAGCUAGAAAGGCUAAUGAUUCGAAUAGGCUUGUUCACAGUGCUAUACACAGUCCCCGCUACAAUUGUCGUAGCGUGUUUAGUUUACGAACAACAUUAUAGGCCUGUUUGGGAGAGGGCGCUAGCUUGUUCGUGCUUGUCAGAUCCACAGCGCUCAAGUUUAGGGCCAGAUUAUGCUGUUUUUAUGCUAAAGUAUUUCAUGUGUCUCGUUGUGGGAAUAACAUCCGGAGUUUGGAUUUGGUCCGGAAAAACUUUGGACUCUUGGAGGAGGUUUAUAGCCAGGAUUUGCCAUUGUUGGACUCAUAAAAGCACUGCUCCUCCAUCGAUGUACAGUGAAGCUAGCACAGCGCUGACUGGACACACGGGCACUGGGCUAGCACCAGGGAUAUACCACAAAGCUACGGCAUCUCAUAUUUAAAAGUAUUGGAAGAAAGACUAUUAGAAAAUGUAUUCUUGACUAAUGGCUAAAGCUAUUCCACUUCCUGUUUAUAUAUGACAUUUUGAGGACUUUCCCCCCCCAUUCAAAAGAUGGAAUAUUUUGUCAUAAGUUGUUGAUCGCCAUGGCAACUGUCCUAAUUUUUCAUCAUUUCAAAACCCGUAGAUUGAGCAUUACAGCAAUACAAUACUCUCGAUUUAUAUUGGCACCCAUUAUUUUUUACACUGCAAAAUAAAGGUGCACUGUGUUAUUUUUUCUGGUUGCAGGUUCAGUCAUCAGCUUAUCUCCAUGGAGAUGUUAUUGCUUUGUCCAGAAUGUUUGACACUGUCAAAUUUGACAGCGUGGCAUUGAACUUAACAGAUCUGACCUGUAACU